AUGGAACCAAACAUAACAACAAAUGUUGAACAAAAUCAACAAUAUACAUACAAACAAUUUAAAAGUUUGUUAUUCAAGAGAAUAGGAAUGGAGGAAUUGGAGACGAUAACAUUUGACAAUUUACCAUCGAUCAUGGAGUCGUUUGCCAAUGCAGUACCUUUUGAAAACUUGGAUAUGGUGUCUAGAACGUUUAAACCAAUUACACGUGACAAUAACAUUACAAAGGUGUUGGUGAAUGGUGAAGGUGGACUGUGUUACAACUUGAAUACUCUAUUCUUUCAGUUCCUCAAAGAGAGUGGGUUGGAUGUCAUACACUGUGUAGCUACUGUCAAAGACCCAUACACUGAUAUUUGGGCAGUACCCAAUGGUCACAUGAUCACCGUUCUCACACACCAAUCCAAAGAAUACCUUGUCGAUGUUGGUUUUGGAUUGUUUCUAGCAUUUAAACCAAUCCUUUUAAACGAAGAGACCGGUGUCACCUCUAGAUGUGGGAGUUAUAGAUUCCUUGAGAUGGCUAGUGACUAUGGAACACACGUACUAGAGAUUAAAAAGAAGAAUAAAGAGACUGGCGAGUUGUACUGGGACACUGGAUAUGCAUUCAAAAAGGAACAUGCUGGUGUAAUAGCAUCACAACAAGCACAAAUCAAUAUCUUGGAGGACAAGGGAUUACUAUUCAAUACAUACUAUUUGGUUUGUAAACUACAAAAAGAAGGUGGUCAAGCCACUCUAUCAGGUAAAGACAAGGUACUAGUCGUAACAAAUGAAAAUGGUGACAAACAAAGAACAGAAAAUAUAGAAAUCAAUUCAGAUCUAUUUAAUUCAUUACUCAUUCAAUAUAUGGGGUUCCCUUCCAAAGAACAAAAAUAA